CUCCCCCCACCCCAGCCCCAGCCCCAGCCCCGCUGCGUCCCCAGCUGUCACGCUGCGCGCAGCGGGUGGGGCCUGGGGUUCCUGGACAGGGGAGGGCCACGCGUGUCCUUGGGCGGAGAGGGGAGGUGACUUCGGUGGAAGAGGACGAGGCAGAAUGCAGGCCCUGCGGGUGUCCCAAGGGCUGAUCCGCUCCUUCAGCUCCACCGCCCGGAACAGCUUUCAGAACCGAGUGCGCGAGAAACAGAAGCUCUUCCAGGAGGACAAUGACAUCCCGUUGUACCUGAAGGGCGGCAUCGUUGACAACAUCCUGUACCGAGUGACAAUGACGCUGUGUCUGGGCGGCACUGUCUACAGCUUGUACUCCCUUGGCUGGGCCUCCUUCCCCAGGAAUUAAGACCAAGAGGCCUGGGGGGCCUGAAGGACUUGAACAAGUGUCAAUAAACGCUGGCCUCUG